GCGGGACGGCGCCCCGCCCUGCGUCACCUUUCCUUUAAAGCACGCGGGCCGAAGCCCCGCCCACUACGGAGAGCGAAGGGGGCUCCGGCGGGGGCCGGUCCGUGGCCUCUUCCGCCAGACCUUACCAGUCGCCGGCCCGGCACAGCUGACAUUCUCUUCUAACGAAGAGCUUUUCUUCACCAGCUGGAGAUGAUUGCUGAUUGCAGUUCUUUCUAAAAAGGAUGGCUGCCCUUUUUCUAAAGAGGCUAACGUUACAAACCCUAAAGAAGACGGCAGGAAAUUGCACUAGAAGAUGUUUUGGUACCUACAUCCUGCCCCUGACCAUCCCGGCGCGGCUGCCCCUCGUUGCUCCUGUCCCAAGACUAUCUUCCCUGAUGCAUGCCAGAGCCUCUGGUACCGUGGCAGACACCCAGGACAGCAGGAAGAAGAAAACAAAGAAUGACCCAGCUUUUAGCAACAUCGGAAGAAAAAUUCACGAGCGAGUCAUACACGUGCUGGACGAGGCAGGCAAUGAUUUGGGGAGCAUGCACCGUGCCGAGGUGAUCCGGCUCAUGGCCGAGCGGGACCUGAGGCUCGUGAAGAGGGACAGCGGCUCGGAGCCUCCACGGUACCAGCUCCUCUCGGGGCUGCAGAUUCACGAGGAGCGGCUGCGACUUCGGGAGAUGGAGAAGGCCCACCCGAAGCCUGGACCUGUCCUGACUAAGGAACUCACUCUUUCUUCAAAUAUUGGACAACAUGAUCUGGACACAAAGAGUAAACAGAUUCAGCAGUGGAUUGAGAAAAAAUACAAAGUUCAAAUUACUAUAAAGAAAGGGAAGAAUGUAGAGGAGCCCGAACAUAAGAUGGAGGAUAUCUGUAAUAAAAUACUCCAGACUAUGCCGGGGAUAGCUACCUUCUUAUCCCGGCCACAACCUGUUAGAGGAGGAAAAGCUGUAACAUGUGUUCUUCGUCAUUUGAGCAAAAAGGAAGAGAAUGCAUAUAGAGAAACUCAAGAAACCCAGAAAAGAGAUUCUUUGGACAAAGAAAACAGAGACAAUAGAGAAUCAGAUGUGCAUCAGUGAUUUUAAUAAAGAAAAACGUGGUUCUGAGAAGGAAA